AUGUUUCAGCGCCUCACUAGCCUCUUCUUCAGCACCCCUCCACCCCCUGAGGACCCUGACUGCCCCCGCGCCUUUGUCUCUGAGGAAGAUGAAGUGGAUGGCUGGCUCAUCAUUGACCUGCCAGACAGCUACGCGGCUCCGCCCAGCCCCGGGGCCGCCCCGGCUCCUGCGGGCCGCCCCCCGCCUGCCCCCUCCUUGAUGGACGAGAGCUGGUUUGUUACCCCUCCGGCCUGUUUUACUGCAGAGGGGCCCGGACUCGGGCCCGCCCGCCUCCAGAGCAAUCCCCUGGAAGACCUCCUCAUCGAGCACCCUAGCAUGUCCGUUUACGUCACUGGCAGCACCAUAGUGCUGGAGCCUGGGCCCCCUUCCCCGCACCCCGACGUUGACCAGCCUGAUGACCACCUUAGCGACGGGGAGUUGGUGCCUGCCCGCCGUGAGCCCCGGGCCCUCCACCACGCGGCAGCCCCGAUGCCCGGAAGGGCCGCGAUGCUGGAGAAGGUCGGCCACGCGCGGCGGCUGCAGCGGGCCCGGCAGCGGGCCGAGCGCCACGCGCUGAGCGCUAAGGUGGUGCAGCGACAGAACCGCGCCCGAGAAAGCCGUCCGCGCCGACCCAAGCACCAGGGCAGCUUCGUCUACCAGCCAUGCCAGCGCCAGUUCAACUACUGA